AUGCGCUUCUUUUUGAUUAUUGCCGCAUGCAUCGGAAUCGCCUCGGCAUUGUCAUAUGCACCACUCGUUGCUGGCGGACCUGGUAGCGGAGAUGCAUCAGUGAGAAUUGUACCUACACCGCUCGUUUAUCAGGAUCAAGUUGGUGGUGAAGGCCAGCAAGGAGCGCAACCAGGAUUUGCAGGUGGAUACCCAGAUCAGUCCGGAGCGCAAAGCUACGCUAGAGCCAACGCUGGAGCUGGUGUUGGUCCAGGUGCAGGAUAUCAGCCAGGAGCGCAACCAGGAUUUGCAGGUGGAUAUCCAGGCCAGCCAGGAGCGCAAAGCUACGCUAAAGCCAACGCUGGAGCUGGUGUUGGUCCAGGUGCAGGAUAUCAGCCAGGAGCGCAACCAGGAUUUGCAGGUGGAUAUCCAGGUCAGUCAGCAAUAGCAACAUCCAGCGCAUUUGGUGGUGCUGGAGGAGCUGUUGCUAAAGCCAACGCCAACGUCCGUUAUGCUAAGCCGGAAAUUACCAAGAAUUACUACUAUCACGUGGCACCGGAGGAUACGAAAAAGCACGCCGAUGCUGACUCGCUGACCAUCACACCCCGCAAACAUUACAAGGUCAUCUUCAUCAAGGCUCCGUCCGACAGUGCCAAUAGCGAUACUAGCGCUAAAGCUACCAGCCAAACUGAAGAAAAGACAUUUGUAUACGUGUUGGUUAACAACAAGGCCAAGGCUACCGGUACUAGUGAUGCUAAGGCGGACUCGUUUGUAUCCGGCAAGCCAGAAGUAUUCUUUGUCAAGUACGAGAACAAGAACGCGGGGGCUACUGCUAUCGCUAACUCCCGUGCCACUGCCGGUGCUGAUGGCACCUUCAGUAAUGCUAAUGCUAAUGCUAAUGCUGGGGCUGGUUCCGGAUACAAUGGUAAUGGUGGCUUUGCUUCUGCUGACGCUAAUGCAGCAGCAGGAUAUAAUGGCGAUUUCGGCCGAACGGGAACGUUUGCCAAUGCCGGUGCCAGUGCUGGUGCGGGUGUGCAGAAUGAUGGAUUUGGAAAUGGUGCUGGCUACAAUGGAGGUGCUUCCGCUGGUGCUAACGCUGGCGCUAACAGUGGCUUCUUCUAA